GCUAAAGAUGCUAUAUGUAGAGCUGUGUUUCCUUUCUUAGUUGCUGUAUUGACAUUUGCACCACGACGAAUCAAUUCGGUAACAACAGGUACAUGUCCUUCUUUUGAUGCUAAAUGUAAUGCAUUCAAACCAUUUGCAUUACAGGUAUUAAUAUCAAAACUUCCUUUUAAAUAUUCAAGAACUUUUUCUAAAUUUCCAGCACGUGCUGCACGUAAAAAACUAGCAACACCAUCCGUUUGUUGCUGUCAGGGUUUUUUUUCUGUUUGGUUGAACGGUCUUUGA